AUGGCCGCCAAGUGGGCCAAGUUCCAAAUGCCCUCCCUCAGCGGCGCUCACAGCAGCAUGGCGGCCAAAUGGGCCAAGUUCCAGAUGCCCUCCCUCAGUGACGCUGACGACCUCCCAGAUGGCGUGGUGAUUCAGAUCGUGGCUUCGGAUUGGUCCGUGGUGGCAGCACCUGAGGGCGACUGGAGCCAACCGCUGGGAUUGGAGAAGGCGGGAGGACAGGAGGGCAGCAGGGUGGGAGACGUGUUCACCGUUGUUGUUGUGAAGACCGCCGAACCUAACAAGGAAGCCGCAUCCAGAUCCCUCUGGAACAUGUUCGGCUUCUCUUCUGCCUCCAACAACAAAUCCCAAUCGGUCUGGGGGAGGAAGCAGGAGGGCGGAUCAGACGACGACGAGGAUGACGGAGCAGAGGGAGCAGAGGGAGCAGAGGGAGCAGAGGGAGGAGGUGGAGGAGAUGGAGAUACGCCGACAAAUGCCGCCCUGCUGGACUGCCAUGUGUUCCGCGUCACCAGGAACGUCCGCUCGGGGAAAUUCGCCUUCUAUUCCAUGAGCAAUGAGCGCUACCUACGGGCCCUGCAGCCGUCUCUCCUCUUCACCUCCAUGGUCCAAGGAGAAGCAGAGACCUUCUCUAUCCGUCGCCUGGACAUGCUGCCCAAGUUCCUGGGAGUCAACCUGGGCGGCUGGCUUGUGGCUGAGGCGUGGAUGUGCCCUCCUGCUCUUUUCGACGGGGUGUUCACUGAUCUACUGGACGGCACGUCCAUCCAGCUACAGUCCGUGGACGGCAAGUGGGUGGCGGCGGAGGGAGGGGGCGGCGACCAGCUCAGGGCCAACAGGGACGCUGCGAGUGCAUGGGAGACGUUUUUUCUUCGCCGGGCAGACCAUGGCGCUUUUUUCAUCCGGGCAGGCAGCGGCCACUUCUGGAGCGUGGAUGCUGCGAGUGGCGAGGUGUUCGCAAACAAAGAGGAUGAGGAGGAGGGGGAGAUGUUCUGGGUGCGGCACAAGCUGGGGGAGGAGGGCACGGUGCAGCUGAGAGCAGCCAAUGGCAACUGGGUGCAAGCUUUGGACGAUGGCAGGCUUAUAGCGGAUAUCGAUGAGGACGCACCUAGAUGGGACACCACAUGCACAUUCACCCUCAGCAAGCUAGCAGACAUGGGAGGGGAGGCGCAGCUCAUGCUGGUGCUCGGGCGGGAGUACAAGCUAGCAGACAUGGGAGGGGAGGCGCAGCUCAUGCUGGCUCUGGGGAGGGAGGAAGCGGAACAGAGGCUGCAGCAGCACCGGGAGGAGUGGGUGGGGGAGGGCGACUUUGAGUGGCUGGCAAAACAAGGAGUGAACGCUGUGCGGAUACCCGUGGGCUGGUGGGUUGCUGUGGACCCCACACCGGAAGAAUUUGUUGAAGGGGCACUGGAGCUGCUGGAUAAGGCAUUGGACUGGGCGCACACACACAGCAUCCGCGUUGUAGUGUGCUUGCAUGCGGCUCCUGGGUCGCAGAACGGGUGGGAGCACAGCGCAAGUCGAGACGGCAUUUCAUGCAUGUGGGGCAGGCCCGGCACGCCCUACAUGGAUGAGACAGUCGACGCCGUCCGCUUCCUUGUGCAGCGGUAUGCAUCGCACCCAGCUUUUGCAGGGCUAGAGCCAAUCAACGAGCCAAGGGCUGACGCAGUCUCGUUUGACGACCUCUCACGCUACUAUGAGCGGUGCUAUGCGGUGCUGAGGGAACACUCACCCUCCGCCUACUUUGUCAUUUCUGGGAGAAUAUUUGCCAACGAGAGGGAAUGGGACGACUUCAUGACAAGUGCGCAGUACACGAAUGUCAUCUACGACGCACACUGGUACCAGGUGCACGACCACGCGGAGUUUGGGUCCCAGUCGGUGGACUUCAAUCUGCAGUACCCCCUCGAAACAGCGUGCUGCUGCUCUCAGCCUGCUGGAACGAGGGCAGCGCCUCGUGUUUGUGGGAGAAUGGUCCCUGGCUCUGCUAUGCAACACAAGCGACGACAUCAACACUCGCGGCUCCACAAUCUCCUCUUGCAGCUCUCCACAGCCCAGACAUUCGACGAGAAAGACGCAAUCCUGAGCGCGGACCCGCGGGUGCGAGCCGUCUUCCCUCAGCAGGGCUCUUCCCUUGGGAAAUUCGUCAAGCCUGCUGUUCUGAUGGCCAUGGAUUGUUGCAGUCAGGAGGAGAUUUACCUGCUCAAGUGCUUGGUGGCUUCGGGCCAGGAGCAUUUGCUGGACACUCCAGUUGCCUGGGCUGAAGGGCUUGAUUCGAUCCGGGAAAAGGCACAUUACCAGGGCAGUGCUAAGGCGGAGUCAGUAGGAGGAGGAGGAGGAGUGAAGGAAGCCUUUUCCAUGCUCGCUUCCAUGAUCGACGGCUGGGACACGCAGCUAGACGCCCCCCGGUCCGCGCUCCCCGCAUUCCUCGCGGGAUUCGACAACCCCGGCGUGUUCCCCGCUCCCCUUAUGGACCUCAUAGACUGGGAAGAUCGCCGCUCGGUGCACGGCCCUUCAGCUGCUACCAGUGAUUGUGCGGCGAGCUCUGGAGGGAAAGGUGAGGGAGAGCCGUUGUCGCUGUCGUCGACGCUGCUCGCGCAGUUGAAGGAAGGGCUGGAGUAUCCGAGCGUGUUUGGCGCUCCGCUGUUGGACCUCGUUGACUGGGAGCGGCAGUGGCAGUCAGAAGGUGGACCAAGCUCCCCCAGCAGCAGUAGCAGCAGUAACAGCAGGAGUAGCAGCAGCAGCAGCAGCAGCAGCAGCCGCGGCGGCGGUGUCAGUGACAGCAGCUGUGGGUUUGCGAGCGACGGUGGUAGCAGCAGCAGCGGAUGGGAGGAUAAUGGUGGUUUUUUGAGGGACCAGGAGCCACGCGCGCAGCUUAAGAGUCUUCUGGCCAUGCUGCGGCGAGUGGAGAAGUUUUACGAUGGCAUUGGCGGCAUUCUCGGGUACCAGUCGACGUGUCUGGACCUCAUUCAACAGUCCGUUGCUGCAUCGCAACAAGCAGCAGCAGCAGCAGCAGCAGCAGCAGCAGCAGCAGCAGCAGCAGCAGCAGCAGCAGCAGCAGCAGCAGCAGCAGAACACGCAGCUGCCGUGGCAGCAGCAACCACAGCAACUCCGGCAACGUCUCUGGCAGCAGAGACGACCAACAGUAUCGCCAAUGAAAGGGAAAACGAAAGACCCGGGUUCGAAUCCCAGCGACGGAUUUUUAUGCCCCCUGGCCAAGACCUGGCCAGUGAUCCGGAUUUUGCCUCCCAGGCAGCAUUUUGGGGCCUUGAGGGGCUGCCUGUAAUGGCGGAGAUUUACCCCUUGGGAGGCGCGGGAGACAGGCUAGGACUGGUGGACGAGGCAACAGGAGAAAGCCUGCCAGUGGCAAUGCUCCCCUACUGCGGCCGCACGCUGCUGCAUGGGCUACUGAGAGACCUCGAGGCGCGGGAGUAUCUGCAUUUCCGUGUGUUUGGCGAGCAGCACGUGACGCCAGUGGCAAUCAUGACGAGUGCAGCCAAGAAGAACCACCAGAGGGUGCUGGCGCUGCUGCAGAAGCAUAACUGGUUCGGCCGGGGAGAGCACAACUUCCGGCUUUUCCAACAGCCGCUGGUGCCAACAGUAGCAGCGGAGGACGGCAGGUGGCUAGCGAGCGGCCCUCUGUCGCCUGUGCUCAAGCCAGGCGGCCAUGGGGUCAUCUGGAAGCUUGCAGCAGACGAGGGCGUGUUUGAUUGGCUGCGCUCCAAGGGCCGCAAGGCGGCGGUCAUCAGACAGAUCAGCAACCCUUUGGCAGCAACGGACAUGACUCUCCUGGCGCUCUCUGGCGUUGGUCUGCACGGCAAUAAGAAAUUCGGGUUUGCGUCGUGUGAUCGCAACGUGGGAACAGCAGAGGGUGUGAACGUGCUGGCAGAGCAGCAGCAGGCGGACGGGUCGUGGGCGUACGGGCUGACAUGCAUCGAGUACACCGAGUUUGAGAAACUCGGCAUCAGCGACGCGCCUGUUGCUCCUGGUAGCAGCCGGUCCAAGUACCCUGCCAACACCAACGUGCUUUUUGCUGACCUGCACGCUGUUGAGAUGGCUGCUCUUGGGGAGACUGCUGACUGCUACGGGCGCACUCAGAGCAUCCGAGGCGGCCGCUUGGAGUGUACAAUGCAGAACAUUGCCGAUCUCCUCGUCACCACCCUCCCGCACCGUCUACCUCUUGACACCGAUGAUACAGCUGCUGCUGCCACUUCGACUUCUCCAGCUCAUAACGGUCAAGCCACCGCUCAGGAGGGCAGGGAGGGGCGCGGAGGAGCACAGGUGAAGGGCGAACGGGGUACUGCUGCAGAGAACACUGGGACGUGGGAAGAUAGGGCAGAGGGCAGUGCGGCAGAGGAGAGCAGGAGGCAGGUGCAAGCGGUGCUGGACACGUUUCUGGUGUUCAACGACCGCCGCAAAGUCACCUCCUCCGCCAAGCGCCGCCGCAAGCCAACGGACACCUCGCUGCACCAGACCCCAGACGGUUCCUUCCUGGACCUCAACCGCAACUCACUGGAGCUCCUCUUCCUCCCCUCACUCGCCCUAACCCUGUACGCUUGCUCAUCUCUCCCCCUCCUGCAGACCCCUGACGGCUCCUUCCUGGACCUCAACCGCAACUCGCUGGAGCUCUUCUCCUCCUGUGGUGUCGCCAUGCCGCAUAUGCACAGCGAUCACAAGCGCUACGUGGACUCAUCUCCACCGUUCAUCUUCCUCUUCCACCCCGCCCUUGGCCCGCUAUGGAGCGUCAUCAGGCAAAAGGUGCAGGGAGGUUCUGUGGCUCUGCGUUCUGAAGUGAAGCUGGAGAUAGCCGAGCUCGCGUGGUCCAACGUGCAUGUAUCUGGGAGCUUGUUGAUUGAGGCCGAUGCAGUCACAGGUUCUCUGGACCCUCAAUCCGGCACCACACAGCUAGGCCAAGGCUGUGGCCGGUGCCGGUUACACAACGUGACGGUUACCAACAAGGGAGUGGACUGGGAGAACGGGGCAAACGUGUAUUGGCAGCACAAGGUGGAGAGGAAGGAGGCGUUGAGAGUGGUGCUGCGCGGUGAUGCGGAGUUUGAGGCGAGGGAUGUGGAGAUUGUGGGCGAUCAUGUGUUUGACGUUCCUGAGGGGCACCGGAUGGUCGUGUUUGCGCCGGAAACAGGAGCCAUGCAAACAAGGCUGGAGAAGCUUCCUGGCAGGAGGCCUACAUGGGAGUGGCAGUACUCCGUGGGCGAUCAUGGGUCCCUCCAGCUGAUUCUUGUUGAGGCUUGUUAA